CGUGUGCGGAAAACCACAGGGCAGUCUAGUGACAUUGACGGUCUACAUAAUAACGUAGAUCGUUGAUCGCUCAAAACGAGGAAAAGAGGAAUAGAUAAAAAACAAUGACAUUUAUAAAAGUACUCGCAAUCCGUAAACAUUUAUUCUGAUGAAUAUUUUCUAAAAACGUUGUGGAAAUCUUUCUAAAUUCAAAAUUAAUAUUAUAAUCGAACACAAAUCGAAGAAUCCUGAUUAUUAUUUGGUAAAUUUAUUAGCAGUUGGCUCUCCAAUUGAUGUAUAACUAACACUACUUAUUCUAGGGAACCGAUUGUAGAAUUUAAAACUAGUUGAUUUAGUAACGUUCCAAGAAUUGGACUAAAAAUUGAAUUUAGCCUGUUAAACUGAUAACGCUACAACAUCAGCUAGUGCACCAUACCCGAGCCAUUCGUAGCACGAGGUGGAAUUGAGAAGCUAUCAAUUGUAAGUAAACCUAAGUACAUUGAACUAAAUGACGCUAAUUGCUAAAAAAAUUGAAUUACAGUUUUAGCUGCUACUAAGCUGCUCAAAAAAGGUGGUACUUAUUUCCAAAGGUAAAUCCGAACAAUCUAAAAAAUUGAUAGGACGUACCUAACCUCAAAUACGAUGGUGAAGUCGGGCAACUUUACGUUAACCCCCUGCGGUGUUUGCUCGGAGACGUCCGAUACCAAUGAAGGCAUGGUAGGAUGUGACGCUUGUGACCUUUGGUUUCAUUUCCGGUGCGUGGAAGUGACGGAGGAGUCUCUGGCCGGUUUGGAGAAGUGGUUCUGUCCAUCGGAGCCUUGUCAGAAAGCUAGAGAAGAGACCACCAAAAAACGGACUGAUCGCAAGAAAGGGGCAAAAUCGAAGGAAUCGAAGUCUCUGGCACCGGACGAAUCCGACAGGUCUAGUGUCAAAUCAGACCGCCAGUCUGGAUCAACCCUGGAGAAACGAUUGAAAGCUCUAGAAAAGGAACAUGAGGCUAAGGAACAAGAGAUGGAAAUUGAGCGAAUCCUAAGGGAGAAACGAAUCGAAAUGAGCCGAAUUUUGAAGGAGAAGCAGUUGAGAAUUGAUAACGAGCUACGGGAGAAAGAAAUUGAACUCGAACAGGAUAUGCUGGAAAAAGCGCUUCGUGACGAGAAAGCCCAUGCUGAUCGUAUGCAACAGAUGCGAGAGUCGUAUCAGAAGGCGAUUCAAGGGGUGAAAGGCACGUUAAUUGCCAACGUUGGCGCUGAAUCGAAGUUCAAAAACGCGGAAGAGAAAAUGUUCAAUGCAGGGGAAGGAUGUUCAUCGCAGCAGAAGAAAAUGUUAAACACACCGUUGCGGAAUCCAGGCAUUUCACUGCUGUCGGGUCCGCAAAAGCACCGGAAGUCAGUGGAGAAGCAACAGCCGAUUGAAGAGUUCGAAGGUAGCUCGGAAGAUUAUGGUUCCAUCGAUGAAAGCAGCGAUGCAGAUUCCAACGACGCGCGUAGCACUUCAGAAACCUCCUCGGAAGAAGAAAAAGAACAAUCACAGUGUGAGUCGGAAAAGUCGUCGUCAUCCGAAGACAGACGCCGUCGGCAAAAAAGAAAGCAAGUACAACACGGGCUGGGGCGGCAACUGACAGGACCAACAAAAGCUCAGUUAGCCGCGCGCAACGGUAUCUCCAAGAAACUUCCUGCAUUUUCCGGAAAACCAGACGAAUGGCCGCUAUUCAUUGGCAGUUUUGAAGCAUCCAAUAAAGCCUGUGGAUUCAAUGAUGUGGAGAAUUUAGUCCGCUUGCAGGAGAGUCUGAAGGGACCAGCUCUAGAAAGUGUCCGAGGGCAACUUCUACUGCCGAAGUCUGUACCGAAGGUCAUCAGUAAACUCCGACAGCUCUACGGGCGGCCAGAGCAGUUAUUGCACUGUCAUUUGGAAAAGGUGAAGCGGCUGGACCCUCCCAGAGCGGACAAACUAGAAUCGUAUAUUCCUUUCGGAAACGUAGUGGAACAACUGUGUGACCACCUUGAAGCAGCCAGCUUGAAGGAUCACCUGGUCAAUCCACUCCUCAUUCAAGAUUUGGUGGAUAAACUUCCAGCGAGUGACAAGCGAGAGUGGGUUCGGUUUCGUAGCAAGAAAAAGAAGGUCACACUGAAGACUUUCUCUAAAUUUCUCUCAAAAAUCGUUUCGGAGGCAUGCGCGGCAAAUGUGUGUCUCGAGAGUAAGCCAGAAUCGAAGAAUUACCAUGGAGCAAAAGGAAAGACACUGGAGAAAGGAGCGAUAUACGCUCAUAGUGCGAACGAAAAUCCCGCUGCCGUCGAAGAGCAGGCAUUCAAACCGUGUCGAGCCUGUAGAAGAACAGAUCACCGUCUUCGUUUCUGCCAGGACUUCAAAGCCAUGAACGUUAUUGACCGCAUGAAGAUUGUGGAGAAAGGAAAACUUUGCAAAAUUUGUCUUAAUGACCAUGGUAACGCUCCAUGUAAAUUUAAAAUCACUUGCACUGUGGGAGAAUGCCGGGGACGACACCACCCACUGCUUCAUUCGAUCGAAAACAUGGUCGUGAUCAACACACACAUCCGUGCAUCGAGUGCCAUUAUGUUCCGAAUGAUUCCCGUUUUAUUACAUUGUGGAGAGAAACAAGUCUCUACAUUGGCAUUCCUUGAUGAGGGAUCAUCGAUCACACUGAUUGAACGUUCGCUCACCGAUCGUCUUAAUGCCGAAGGGGUUAAAUGGCCGCUCACUAUCAAGUGGACCGCUGAUAUCACCAGGGAAGAACCAGACUCUAGGAUGUUAAAUUUGUGGAUCUCCGCUCUGGGUACGAAAGAGAAGCUUCCUCUUCAAGCAGUGCAAACUGUGGAAAAGCUACUGCUUCCGAAACAGUUCCUCAACGUGGCCGAUCUCGCUGCAAAGUAUAAUCAUCUACAUAGUGUACCGGUCGAUUCGUAUCCAGAUCAACAUCCUGGGCUGCUUAUUGGUUUGAAUAACCUACACACCAUCGCACCUAUCGAAGCGAGGAUCGGAAAGCAUGGAGAACCGAUUGCUGUGCGAUCCAAGCUCGGCUGGUCGGUGUACGGUGCCAUCUCGAGACGGACAGAGGAUGCUAAAACAGUCAGCCAUCACAACGGAAUCACAAAUGACGACAUUUAUAACUUGCUGAAAGAAAAUUAUGCUCUAGAAGAGUCUGUUGUAGCCGUAAAGCAAGAAACUAAGGACGAAAGGCGAGCAAGGGAAAUUCUUGAGCAGACAACAGUUCGUGUCGGUGAACGCUUCGAGACGGGUCUGCUGUGGAGGACGGAUGAUUGCACAUUUCCUGACAGCCUUCCCAUGGCUCGCCGAAGACUGAAACAAUUGGAGCAGAGACUUGCAAAAUCCCCAGAACUGUGCGCGAAUAUCAGGCAGCAAAUCGAGGAUUAUCAACGAAAAGGAUACGCUCAUUUAGCGACGUCCGAGGAACUGGCCAAUACUGAUCCGCUGAAAACCUGGUAUCUUCCAUUGAAUUAUGUUCAAAACCCGAAAAAACCAUCCAAAAUUCGUCUGGUAUGGGAUGCUGCAGCAACUGUGAGUGGCGUGUCUCUAAACAGUCAGUUACUCGCGGGCCCAGACCUGCUUACACCUCUGACAGCCGUGCUUAGUCUGUUUCGGGAACGCCGCAUUGCUUUUGGUGGAGACAUCCGCGAGAUAUACCACCAACUUCGUAUUCGUGAGGCUGAUAAGCAAGCUCAGCGAUUUUUAUUCCGGAAGAUUCCCCAAGAUGUUGAGCCAAGCGUUUAUGUAAUGGAUGUGGCUACGUUUGGUUCUACCAGUUCACCAUGUUCGGCGCAAUUUAUAAAAAAUCUCAACGCGUCGGAAUUUUCGGGAGCAUAUCCAGAGGCGGCGGCGGCUAUCGUUAACAAACAUUAUGUUGAUGACUAUUAUGAUAGUGUCGAUUCCAUUGAUGAAGCUAUUCGCCGUGCCAAAGAAGUGCGCUUCAUUCACUCCAAAGGAGGCUUUGAAAUCAGAAACUGGGUUUCAAAUUCUUCCGUAGUGCUUCAAAGUCUAGGAGAAGGAGGCCCGGUGCAAGACAUCCAUUUCAACGUAGACAAAACAACAGAGAAUGAACGAGUGCUUGGAAUAAUAUGGACUCCCAACGAAGAUACGUUUUCAUUCGCAACCGAACAUCGACCAGAAUUGAAGCCUUUUAUUGACGGAAUUAGAAGACCAACGAAACGAUUGGUUUUAAGCUGUGUCAUGGGUUUUUUUUGAUCCGUUG